AUGGUUGGCGGUGCUCCUGUUUCUGCCAACCCCCUCAAGCUCGACGUGCUAAGUCACAGGAAAUGUCUUGCCAUAUGUGUAGUGGCUACUAUGGCCACCUUCCAGUAUGGCCUUGAUUACGCGCUCGUGGGCGGGUUCCUUUCAAUGCCCGGCUUCCUCGAGGUUUUCGGGUACUAUUCAGAGGAGCUGGGCACUUGGAACAUUGACCCGACCGUGCAGCAAUUGAUAUCGUCGUUGAUGACGAUAGGUACUUUUGUUUCGUCGUUGCUGGUUGGACCCUUCAGCGCGAAAUUUGGAAGAAGGCAUGGCCUUUGGGCAGCCACACUUCUCAACUUCGUGGCAACCAGCAUCCAGCUGGGAACAAGGAGCAAGGCAGCUCUUUAUGUUGCACGUCUUAUCUUGGGUAUCUCCGUCGGCUGGUUUCUUACCUUUGCUCAGCUAUACGUCCAUGAGGCCGCACCCGCACACCUGCGAGGCAUCUCAUUUGCUGUGUAUCAAGUCAUGCUUUCCAUUGGGUCCAUUGUUGGCGCAAGCGUUGACUUUGGGACGCAUACCAUGACCGGCCGGGACGCAUAUCAAAUCCCCUUGGCAAUCUUCUUUGUGGCACCAACUCUACAGGCCAUCCUCCUCUUUUUCUUCGCGCCUGAGUCGCCAAGGUGGCUGAUGGUCCAGAGGAAAGAGGAGUCCGCCGAGGCCGCGUUGCGGAGACUUCGAAAUUCGAAUAUCGACGAGCUAGAGUUCCAGGCGGAGUUGAAUGAAAUCCGACAGUCAACCAGAGAACAACUAGAACAGAACAAGAAAGCUCUAUUCUUGGAGAUGUGGCGAGGCACAAAUCUGCGCAGAACUCUCCUUUCUAUCGCUGUCGUUUGUUUUCAUUCGGCAAACGGACGCACAGUUAACAUAUAUACUGUCUAUUACUUGCAAAUGGCUGGUGUAAAGAACCCUUUCGCAUACUCAAUCUUGGUCACUUGUACCGGCUUGAUUGGGGUGCUGGUCAGUUUCUUCUUCGUGCGACUUAUCGAUCGACGUACAGUGCUCUUGGUCGGCCUCACGGCAUGUGCCAUAUGCCAGCUGAUCCCAGCGAUUGCCUGGAGCACGAGUCCCGGAAGUGCGUCGACAGGAAAAGUGGUUGUCGCCUUCAUCGCCCUCUUCACGUUCUUCUAUGUUGCCUACGCACCUUAUGCAUGGCUCUUGGGUGGCGAGUACGUCAACAAUCAACUGCGUGCGUUCACGUUCGGUCUGGCCACCGCAAUGAACUUUCUUGGCAACUGGGCUGGGACUUUUUCAGCCCCUUACUUCAUAAACCCAGCCAAGUUUGGCUGGAGCGCCAAGUACGGAUACAUCUGGUUUGGCAGCAACGUGGUUUGCGUCGUUUUCACCUAUUUCUUCCUGCCCGAAACGCGAGAUCGUACCCUGGAGGAGAUCCACGAGAUGUUCGAGGCGAGGCUGCCGGCAAGGAAGUUCAAGGGCUAUGUCUGUACAGGGGUGGAGAGCUACGCGGCAGAGGCAAUGGGGAAGGACUUGGGAGAGAUGAAGAAUGUCAGUCAUACAUCUCAUGUGGAGGAGUUGCGAGAGGCGUGA